AUGUGGACAACAAAGCAGCUCUGCAUCGCAGUUCUGAUCACCUUCUUUUCUCCGCUUAUCGUGCGACAUUUGAUAUUGAACAGCCCCAUAUCAGGAACAUCCCGCUAUCAUAUUCUCCAUGCCAAUCCCCUUGCAUGGCUCAGCAACCGAGUGGACGCAGAUGCACCAGCAGCCAAUCCAGCGAAUGCGCGGGUGGUAUCAUCAACAGCGGAUGAUUCAGGCAGCCUGGAUCCCAGAAAUUCCUCUACUAGGGUGGUAUCAUCACCAGCGGAUGAUUCAAGCAGUCUAGAUCCCAGAAACUCCUCUACUGAAAGGCUACACUGGCUAGACACAUGGAACCAUAUGAAGCAGCUAACCAAUGUCUCCACUGGACUUCCCCAUGCGACCGAAGCGAUCAAAGAUGCAAGAACCGCAUGGGAAAACUUGAUGACAACGGUUCAAAAUGCAACUUCUCCGGGAACAGAGAAGCGGAGGCUCUGCCCGUACUCGGUUCGCAGAAUGGACGCCUCCAAGUCGGCGGGCGGUCACUUUACCAUGGACAUACCGUGUGGGCUCGUCGCAGGUUCUUCCAUAACUGUCAUAGGCACUCCUGGCAGCCUGUCUGGUAACUUCUGGAUUGAUCUUGUUGGGACGGCACUCCCGGGGGAACCUGAAGAACCCAUUGUGCUGCGGUACGGUGUUCGUCUAACCGGCGAUAAACUUGCUCAAGGUCCGGCCAUAGUGCAGAACGCCUUCACUGCAAGUAAUGGCUGGGGUUAUGAGGACCGUUGCCCCUACAAUAACUCCAACAAUGCAACUCAAGUGGAUGAUUUGGAGAGAUGCAAUUCCAUGGUGGGCAGCAUAAUGAACUCUACACGUCACACUGGUCUCAAGCAAGGUGGAAAGCCAAGCACAUAUUUUCCUUUUAGGCAGGGCUACCUUGCUAUCACAACUCUCCGGAUAGGGCUCGAAGGAAUACAUAUGACGGUUGACGGGAAACAUAUUACUUCAUUCGCAUACAGAGCGGGCUCGGAACCUUGGUUUGGCACUCAAGUAAGGGUUUUUGGUGACUUCAAGCUAGCAGGUGCCAUUGCAAGUGGACUGCCUACCUCCGAAGACUUGGAGAACAGCUUGGAUCUUGAAAUGCUCAAGUCAUCACCUAUUCCAGCCGGCAAAGAUCUCGACCUUCUGAUCGGCAUCUUCUCAACAGCAAACAACUUCAAGCGUAGAAUGGCGAUUCGGAGGACGUGGAUGCAAUAUGACGCAGUGCGUAACGGAACAGUUGCGGUCCGAUUUUUCGUUCGCCUGACCAAUGCUGUGUCAGCCAAGUAUCUGAUGAAAACAGAUGAUGAUGCUUUUGUUCGAGUGCACGAAAUCUACUCCUCGGUAAAACAGCUUAAUGUCAGCAACGGUCUGCUCUAUGGUCGCAUCAAUUCAAACUCGGGUCCUCACCGGAAUAGUGAAAGCAAGUGGUACAUAAGCCCAGAGGAAUGGCCUGAAGAGAAAUACCCACCAUGGGCUCAUGGACCAGGAUAUGUGGUUUCACAAGACAUCGCAAAGACAAUCAACAUUUGGUAUAAAACAAGUCGUCUAAAGAUGUUCAAACUAGAAGAUGUCGCGAUGGGCAUAUGGGUUGACGAAAUGAAGAAGGGCGGUUUACCCGUGAGAUACAAAACAGAUAAGAGGAUUCACAUUGAUGGUUGUAAGGAGGGGUACAUUGUUGCCCACUAUCAAGAACCAAGGAAUAUGCUAUGCAUAUGGGAGACACUCCUAAGGACAAAUCAAGCUAUGUGCUGCAACUAACUAACUAGUAAUGCAGAACCAAUUCUGAUGAUGUGAAUAUUUUUAGAAAUCCACAAACUUUUUUAAAUCAUGAUCCUUUUUUGAGUUCACCAACAGCUGCAUCCGUACAUGUACGUUGCUAUGACGCAUAAUCGAUGUUUCCAGUCCCAAUUCAUGAUCACGAAAUCCAUAGAAACUGUAGGUACAAGCAUUUCUCGGUAGACACAAGAUCUUCAGUGCAAUGAUGUUCACAUUCAGAUUUAGUACCCACUAUAUGUCUGUUCACAUCAGAAAGAUUAAUUAACUCAUGAGCUAUCAAGGGCCUGCUAAAUGCGUGUGAAAGCAGUAAAAACAUUACCACUGACUAGCUAAUUAGUCAAUCAAAACCAAUCAAAGCAACAAGCAUGGAACUCACAGUUCACAUUGUAACUCGGAUUACUCUGUUUUGUGCCCAAUGCAUCAGAGGUGUCUCAGUCUAACUAACACCCCCUCCAUCCCGUAAUAAGAUAAUUUUGCAAUCUAUGUACCAAUACAAGUUUUAAACCAUGUGCAGUUAGUAUACCAUGUAAUUUAUUUAUUUUGAGAGGAAAAUACCAUGUAAUUUGUCAACACAACUCUGACGAGCUCGGUCGUCAAUACAGGAAAAUGGACUCUACAUAUUUGUCGGCAAGUUCAGACUUUCACCAAUUCAUUUAUGUGAAAAGAGUCGAGACACUAAGAAAUAGUAGCACAUGAGAAGUAUCCAUUGUGAAGAGAGAGUCCUCGGUUACAGGCUGGAAACCAUGGAACAUAAGGGUUGCACAUCCUGGACCGAUGGCCCGUGUGAAUUCGGAGUAGCGCCAGCCGUCAAACAAACAAGCAACAUAACAGCAAUCUUCACAGCCUGCCUCGCGAGUUUGGGCCCGCUGCAUUAAAUCGGCUCA